AUGGAACUUUCAGAUCAACCGGCUGAUGAUUCUUCCUUGUUAUUAGAUACAAAUUGUUUACAAAUUUCGUGUAACUGGAAAAUUGCCAAUAAUAAACAGUUUCGCGAUGCUUUUAUAUUGGAAGUUUCGUCCCUAGAAUUUAAGAAAACUAACUUUGAAGAUAUAGUUUCUUUGAAUACGUGUAUAUCUUUACAACCAACUGAAUCCAACAAUGAACCAUGUAUGUUAGACAUAAGAUUAAACAAUGGUCAAAGAAUUUCUCAAAUAGCUGUGGUUUCUGAGGCUUAUGUAUUAGAAUUUUUCAAACAAUUUGGAGAAUAUGAAACAACAAAGUUUGCAGAAUUUGUAGAUGAAUUCGAAGACAAUUCAGUUUACUUUGCAGAAACAGCAAUUUUUCCACAUGCUACAGAAGCUAGUAUUAAGUUUACAAAAACAAAAAGUAAAAAUUCAAUUAUGUGGAUAUAUGGUAUAAAGCUCUACUUAACAAAAUUAAUUAAUGAACCUAAGACUUUUUCCACAGAAAUCUUUAAUCCUGAAAUAAUAAAAAAUUUCUUAACUAAAUUUAGUUUUAAUAACGAAGGGAACAAUACCACGAAUGAUGUUCAAUCAUGUUACAUGAAUAUUUUGAAUACGUCAAAAAACAAAAGUGUUCAGAAAAGCAAUGGGGAAGAAGUGGCACAAUCUACAAUUGAAAAUACUGUAUUAAAUAAUGUUGAUAUCACGACAUAUAUUGAUAAGAAAUUCGAAGAUAUGGAAAGAAGACUAAUGAAAAAGAUCAAUGAAAUGGAACAAAGAACAAAUGAAAAACUUGAUACUAUUUUAAGACAAUUAGAAAGUCAAUGUAAUAUCAAGUGA